GGGUUCGGACGCUGCUCAGACGAGUACCGCGGUCAGGGCCCGUUGGGCGCUGUGCACAGCGGCGGGGUAGCGGUCCAGCAUGAGCCAGGUUCUGUUCCAGCAGCUCGUCCCGCUGCAGGUCAAGUGCAGAGACUGCGAGGAGAGGAGAGGAAGCGUCAGAGUGAGCAUCGAGCUGCAAUCAGUUUCCCAUCCAGUUCACAGGAAGGAUUUAGUUAUCCGUCUGACUGAUGAUACUGAUCCAUUUUUCCUGUAUAACCUUGUUAUAUCUGAGGAAGAUUUUCAGAGUUUAAAAUUCCAGCAAGGUCUUUUGGUAGACUUCCUAGCUUUUCCACAAAAAUUUAUAGACCUCCUUCAGCAGUGCACCCAAGAACAGGCCAAAGAGGUUCCGAGGUUUUUGUUACAGUUGGUUUCUCCAGCUGCUGUUCUGGAUAACUCUCCUGCCCUUUUAAAUGUGGUAGAGACAAACCCUUUUAAGCAUCUUACACACCUCUCACUAAAACUUUUACCUGGAAAUGAUGUGGAAAUAAAGAAGUUUCUAGCGGGCUGUUUGAAAUGUAGCAAGGAAGAAAAAUUAUCAUUGGCACAAUCACUAGAGGAUGUUACUAGGCAACUGAAUUUCACACAAAAGACGCUGUCCGAGAAGGGCCAGGAGCUAGACAGGCUGCGGAACGAAUGGGUGUCCCACACGGCCGCCUUGACCAGCAGGCACUCGCAGGAGCUGGCCGACGAGAAGGAGAAGGCCUUGCAGGCACAGGCUCAGCACCAACAGCAGCACGAGCAGCAGAAGAGAGACCUGGAGGCGCUGCACCAGCGGAGCGUCCAGCAGCUGCAGGGCCGGCUGUGCGAGCUGGAGGCCGCCAACAAGGAGCUCACGGAGAGGAAGUACAAGGGCGACUCGGCCGUGCGCGAGCUGAAGGCGAAGCUGUCGGGGGCCGAGGAGGAGCUCCAGCGGGCUAAGCAAGAAGUCCUGUCUUUGCGAAGAGAGAAUUCUACACUAGAUGCCGAAUGCCACGAAAAAGAAAAGCAUAUUAAUCAGCUUCAGACAAAAGUAGCUGUUUUAGAACAGGAAAUCAAGGAUAAGGACCAGCUUGUUUUAAGAACAAAAGAAGCAUUUGAUACAAUCCAGGAACAAAAGGUGGUUUUAGAAGAAAAUGGUGAGAAAAAUCAGGUACAACUAGGAAAACUUGAAGCUACCAUAAAAUCACUGUCAGCAGAACUUCUUAAGGCAAAUGAAAUUAUCAAGAAGUUACAAGGGGAUCUGAAAACUUUAAUGGGUAAACUGAAGCUGAAGAACACAGUUACCAUUCAGCAGGAGAAACUCUUGGCUGAAAAGGAAGAAAAAUUACAAAAGGAACAAAAGGAGUUACAAGAUGUUGGACAGUCUCUUCGAAAUAAAGAGCAAGAGGUAUGCAAAUUACAAGAACAAUUAGAAGCUACAGUUCAGAAACUUGAAGAAAGCAAACAGCUUCUAAAAAAUAAUGAAAAGCUAAUAGCGUGGUUAAAUAAAGAGCUAAAUGAAAACCAGCUGGCGAGAAGGCAGGAUGCGCCGGGCCCUUCUGGCACGCCGCCCGUGCGCGCCAGCGCCGCCUCAGGCAGAAGGGGACUCUCUCCUGACCCCAGUGUGGUCGAGGGCAGAAUGCCAUACCCGUCCCGUGGGAUCGGUUACCCGGGCUUCGCUGCGCUUGCGUUCCAGGACACCUUCUCUCACCCCGGGUCUGCCAGAAAUGCCGUCCACCCAGCCUCGGGACCAAAGGUUCAGUUUAACUUGCAGUUCACCAAACCAAAUGCGCCCUUGGGGGACACUCAGCCCGCGGCCACUGGCAGUGCGCCCUGCGCAGCUGAUAAGGAGAAUGGUGAGAACUUAGGGCUAGAAUCCAAAUACCUGAAGAAAAGGGAAGACAGCAUCCCCUUACGUGGGCUCAGCCAGAACCUCUUCAGCCACCCAGACCCUCAGAAAGAUGGCCCGUUAGCACUACAGCCCUGCUCCAAACCGGCCGUGGGCGCUCCCUCCCCGUCAGCAUACUUCCCGGGGCAGCUGCCCAGCAGCUAG